UGUCUUUUCACUUCCUCUUGGUUAGAGGUGUAUCCGGGUCGUUGCUUUCUCUAUUGUCUCAGGCAACUGGCCUCGGACUGUGCAAAUUCUGGGUCUUUUGUUGCUUCUGGUGCAGGCUAAUAAAGUUUUUAUUUGUUUUAUUUUUUUUUUCUAGCGGUUUUAACGGGGGAACUCUCCUAAGGGCCGCCGUGUUGGCCGUGCUGUUUGGGCCACGGGCGCCUCUGGCCGAGGAGCGCCUAGGGGAGGGGCGCGAGCGGCCGGGGCCGGUUUUUCCAGGGCUGGGGGGCGGGAGGGGACCUCUGGGCUGCUUCUGGGACGCCCGGGUUUGGUCGGCGGCGCCGCGUUUAAAUAGCACCUUCCGACUUGCUUCCGCGGUCUCAGUGCCCGACCUCGGCGCUGCCUGGGCUCUCGCAGUCACUCCCUAGGUCUCCUUCAAACGACCACCUCACGGAUACCUUAUGGAUCGCAGCUCCAAGAGGAGGCAGGUGAAGCCUUUGGCAGCUUCUCUGCUAGAAGCCCUCGAUUAUGAUAGUUCAGAUGACAGUGACUUUAAAGUUGGAGAUGCCUCAGAUUCAGAAGGGAGUGGUAAUGGAAGUGAAGAUCCCUCAAAAGACAGUGGAGAAGGUUCCUGUAGUGAUUCUGAAGAAAAUAUUUUAGAGGAAGAACUGAAUGAAGAUAUUAAAGUAAAAGAAGAACAACUUAAAAAUUCUGCAGAGGAAGAAAUAUUAUCAUCAGAAAAACAGUUAAUUAAAAUAGAAAAGAAGGAGGAAGAAGAGAAUGGUGAAAGACCUAGAAAGAAAAAGGAGAAAGAGAAGGAAAAAGAAAAGGAAAGAGAGAAGGACAAGGAAAAAGAGAAAGAGAAGGAGAGAGAGAAGGAGAAAGAAAAAGCAACAGUAUCUGAUAAUGUGGCUGCUUCUGCUGCCCCCAUCACACCAGCCACAAGUCCUCCUGCUAUUAACACGUCUCCUUCUGUCCCUACUACGACAACUACUGCAGAGGAACAAGUCAGUGAGCCAAAAAAGUGGAACCUUCGUCGAAACCGGCCACUUUUGGAUUUUGUAUCCAUGGAAGAGCUGAAUGACAUGGAUGACUAUGACAGUGAAGAUGACAAUGAUUGGCGGCCUACUGUAGUAAAGAGAAAGGGAAGAACUGCAUCUCAGAAAGAAGGAAGUGAUGGUGAUAAUGAGGAUGAUGAAGAUGAGGGAAGUGGAAGUGAUGAGGAUGACAAUGAUGAAGGCAAUGAUGAAGAUCAUAGCAGCCCUGCCAGUGAAGCAGGUUGCAAGAAGAAGAAGAGUAAAGUUCUUAGCAGAAACAGUGCUGAUGAUGAGGAACUGACCAAUGAUAGCCUGACACUAUCUCAAAGCAAGAGUAAUGAGGACUCGCUGAUUCUUGAGAAGAGUCAAAAUUGGAGUUCUCAAAAAAUGGACCAUAUUCUGAUUUGCUGUGUUUGCCUUGGAGAUAAUAGCGAGGAUGCUGAUGAAAUAAUUCAAUGUGACAAUUGUGGCAUUACAGUUCAUGAAGGCUGCUAUGGGGUUGAUGGAGAAAGUGACUCUAUUAUGAGUUCAGCUUCUGAAAACUCCACUGAACCUUGGUUUUGUGAUGCCUGUAAAUGUGGUGUCUCCCCUAGCUGUGAACUAUGUCCCAAUCAAGAUGGAAUUUUCAAGGAAACAGAUGCUGGAAGAUGGGUUCACAUUGUUUGUGCCCUCUAUGUUCCUGGAGUAGCGUUUGGAGAUAUUGACAAAUUACGACCAGUAACACUAACAGAAAUGAACUAUUCCAAAUAUGGUGCCAAGGAGUGCAGUUUCUGUGAAGACCCUCGUUUUGCUAGAACUGGAGUUUGCAUUAGCUGUGAUGCAGGGAUGUGCAGAGCUUAUUUCCAUGUGACCUGCGCCCAGAAGGAAGGUCUGCUUUCAGAAGCAGCAGCAGAAGAGGAUAUAGCGGAUCCAUUUUUUGCUUAUUGUAAACAACAUGCAGAUAGGUUAGACAGAAAGUGGAAGAGAAAGAACUACUUGGCUCUACAGUCCUACUGUAAAAUGUCUUUACAAGAGAGAGAGAAGCAACUAUCACCUGAAGCACAGGCAAGGAUCAAUGCCCGUCUUCAGCAAUAUCGUGCCAAAGCAGAACUAGCUCGAUCCACCAGACCUCAGGCCUGGGUUCCAAGGGAAAAAUUGCCCAGACCACUCACUAGUAGUGCUUCAGCCAUUCGCAAACUGAUGCGGAAAGCAGAACUAAUGGGGAUCAGUACAGACAUCUUCCCAGUGGACAAUUCAGAUACUAGUUCUAGUGUGGAUGGAAGGCGAAAGCAUAAGCAACCAGCUCUUACUGCUGAUUUUGUGAAUUACUAUUUUGAGAGAAAUAUGCGCAUGAUUCAAAUUCAGGAAAAUAUGGCUGAACAAAAGAAUAUAAAGGAUAAGUUAGAAAAUGAACAGGAAAAGCUUCAUGUGGAAUAUAAUAAGCUCUGUGAAUCUUUAGAAGAACUGCAAAACCUGAAUGGAAAACUUCGAAGUGAGGGCCAAGGAAUAUGGGCCUUACUGGGCAGAAUUACAGGGCAGAAGUUGAACGUACCAGCAAUUUUACGAGCGCCCAAGGAGAGAAAACCAAGUAAAAAAGAAGGAGGCACACAAAAGACAUCUAUUCUUCCUACAGUGCUUUAUAGUUGUGGAAUUUGUAAGAAGAGCCAUGAUCAGCAUCUCCUUUUAUUGUGUGAUACCUGUAAACUCCAUUACCAUCUUGGAUGUCUGGACCCUCCUCUAACCAGAAUGCCAAGAAAGACCAAAAAUAGCUAUUGGCAGUGUUCAGAAUGUGACCAGGCAGGGAGUAGUGACAUGGAAGCAGACAUGGCUAUGGAAACCUUACCAGAUGGGACCAAACGAUCAAGGAGGCAGAUUAAGGAGCCAGUGAAAUUUGUUCCACAGGAUAUGCCACCAGAACCUAAGAAGAUUCCAAUAAGAAACACGAGAACCAGAGGACGAAAACGAAGUUUCAUUCCCGAGGAAGAAAAACAUGAGGAAAGAGUUCCUAGAGAAAGAAGACAAAGACAGUCUGUGUUACAAAAGAAACCCAAAGCUGAAGAUUUACGAACUGAGUGUGCAACUUGUAAGGGAACUGGUGACAAUGAAAAUCUUGUCAGCAGGAUGAGAUUGUCUGAAACGAAGAAUAGGUGUGAUGAAUGCAGAUUAUGCUACCAUUUUGGCUGUUUGGAUCCUCCUUUGAAAAAGUCUCCUAAACAGACAGGCUAUGGAUGGAUAUGUCAGGAGUGUGAUUCUUCAUCUUCUAAGGUGAGACCUAUGACUUGCUUCUAACCAAGUGAUUACAACAAAGAUGAUGGGAUGAACAUGAUUAAAUUUAUCUGAUGACAUUGCACGAGAUGGUAACAUCUCUGGAAGAAACUCUGCUCACUUGCUGACUUUGAUGAAAGGAGACCAGAGUGACAAAGCUGAGGAUGUCCUCCAGCCAACAACCAGAGAAACUGAGGUCCGCAGUACUAUACCUACAAGGAAAAGAAUUCUGUCAACAGAAUCCUUUCCCACUGGAACUGCAGUUGAGAUAUAUCCCUUGGACAUCUUGAUGGCAACCAAGCUACAUGAACCCAGAUUCCUGAGCCACAAAAACUGUGAGAUAAUGUUGGUGUGUUGUAAGCUAAAUUUGUGGUUAUGUGGUACAUAAAAAUAGUGAAUACAGUCAGUGCUCUCAAAAGCAUGUUUUGCUAAAAACUGUUCUAAUGUCAUGCACUUUGAAAAAAAAUUUCCCAAUCCCACAAUAUUCCCAAACUGGGAAAUCUAUCUAUGCCCUCAACCUCCUGAGAGAGUGACUGUACAUCUGAGAAAUACAGGAAAGAUGUUGUUACUUAAUUUUUCUCCAUUAUGGAGCCCAUUUUGAUUUUUUAAACAUUUAGUGAUACCUUAUAAAAUUAAUUUUCAAAUGCUCAUACCACAAAGUAGUCUUUGCAAAGAGCAAUAGGCUUCAGGCUGGAGAAUGAAUCACCUCAGAGGUACAUUAAGACCUACAACAGGUAUACUUUAGGUGGUAAUUUUAAGGAAAUCAAUUUCCAUAUUCUCACUUGUUCAUAUUCAUUUUCCCGAGCUACAUUCCUGUGAAAAUGUCUUCAGUAGGUUUUCACAUCUCACUUUAUAAAAGAAAGGCAUUCUGUCAUCCAUCCCCAGCAAACCUGUAGAAGACAAACAAAAACACAAUUUAAAGCAUUGGUGUCCAUAUUGAAAAAGUAAAUGACCAUAAGAUUGGGUUUAAAAUCAGUUGACAAACUCCAUUUUCUUUUCUUCUUUUUUUUUUUUUACUUUUACAUCGUAGAAUUGAUUAUGUGAUGGCAAACACUGAUAUAUCUGCCUUUGAACAUAUUUGCUGAAGAUGGACAGUCUACCACAAAUUGGCAAAUAAAAUCAUAAGUAAAAAUCUCCUCAUAGAUAAUUAAGGCACAUUGAAGCAUAAAACAGGAUAGGGUUAGAACAUCCCUCAAGACUAAGUAAAAUCCAAAGUUCUGAGCUGUUGUUGCUGAGUGUGGCAGGUAGUCACAAGGAAAGAAAGAGGCUUUAAAGCCCUUACAGUUCACACACAACAAGUUAAUUCUUAUUGCAAAGCAGGAAGGACACAACUAAUAGAAGAAGCUGCAUCAGCCGAACAGUGCACAUUGAAUCCUCAGAAAGACUCAAAAGGUAAGGAGAACUAUUACCCAUAUUUUAUAAAUACACCUGCACAGCAGUGAGUUUAAAGACUGGGACUUGGACCCCUAUUUGGGACUCCCAUCAAGGCCCAAGGGCUUUCGCUAAUUUCUUUUUCCCCCUUUCAGGCAACAACUUAGGUUUCUUUCUUGGAGAUUUCACAUCUGCAAUCAAUCAGGAAAGCACUGAGCUUGCAGGGUGAUUCAGUUGCAACUCCGAUCCUGGGUAUAAACCUGUUCGUGUUGUAUCUUCUAUGUGAUGAGCAUCACACCAUUUUUUAGCUCAUGAGACGUGUAUAGAAAGACUGUUGUGAUUCUAACAAUCUCAAAGUACUUUGCUACCAUAUAAUAAUAUAACUGAGAAGUGCUUAUAGAAACAAAAAAUGCAAUAUAAUUUAUUAAUGUAAAUCAUUGAAAGAAAGAAGGCAAUCUAGGUGAGCUUAUGCUGACUUGGUUUGUCCAUUCUUAAAGUUUUUUCAGUAGCUACACAACAAAUGAACAGUUUAAGUAAAAUACCCAAGUGCAUUGAAAUCUAUCUCUGAAUGAAAUAUACUGGGAAAUAAUAAUGAAAAAAAAAAUUGCAGUUCUCCCAGGAAUUUUUCUUACAAGAUAAAAUACUGAAGAAUUUAUAAUUUAUCUAUAUCAGUUUCUUUCUUUAUAUCUGGUCUACUCCCUAAGGAAACUGAGAUGGCUUACAAAAGGUAUACAAUAAGAUAGAAGAAAAGAAACAUAAAUCAAAUUAGGGAGGGGUUGUUAAAACAUAUAGAAACCAAGGUCAGUAGUGAUGAAAGUAAGAGUGGAGACAGGUCCUAUUGAAUUAUUAAAGACUAGUCACAAAUUUGGUUCUGAGCUUCUUAAAGCUAAGUAGUUAGAAAAUAAUGGCUAGACUAAAGGGCUUUGAUAUGUUAUCUGUAGGAAAAAAUAUAUUUCUCAUUAGCUGCCUAAUUCUUUAAUACCUCACAAUAUUCUUUGCAGAUAAACUUUAAACAUGGAAAUUUUUAUGCAAAAGAGAGAUUUUGCUCAUUAGAAAGAAAUUAAAUAGAAGGAUAUUUACAAAGGUGUUUUUCAUUGUGAAAACUGAUGGUUUCAAAAAAUAUUAUGAUAAGGAGAGCAUUUCAAAGUUUCCCACGUUAAUCAGGAAAGUAAGCAAAGGUCUACUGCUUUGAAGGUUUUAAUCCAAGAUGCUUAUCCAGUCUUUUUGUUGAAUAAAUCUUGCAAAAUAGGCCUUCUCAGAAAAUUCACAGCAUUUUCUGUGGGAUCUUUAAAUGUCAACCAAGCAGGCUUUCUGAUGAUAUUAUGCCUGCAUAACUUCCUAACAGUUGGGGUGGGGGUGGAGAUGGGAGAUAGUAAACUGGUUUUUGUACUUUACAACAUAGCUUUUCUAGCAAUGAUGACAAAGCUAGAUCAGAGUCAGAAGCAUGUUACAUUCCAAAAGAAGAUAAGAUGAUGACUUGUGCAUAUAAAAAAUGAACAUAUGUUAAAAAUCUUGUUUAAUUCAUUGUUAAUGAAGGAACCAGGAAGAUGUUACAGCCAGUUUAAAGGAGAAUCCGAAGAACAGAUAGUACUUACAGAUCAGGAAUAUUGAAACACAGUUUUUCAAAUGGAUCCACAGUGACUUACAGAAAGAAGCAGUCUAGCCCUUCAUCAGACUAUUCAUAGACAUGUAUGAUUUGAUUUGCUAUCAAUUAUAAAAUAAUUGAUGAAAGACUAAAAGCAGAUACCCUUGGACAGGUGCCUCUAAUAAAUGCUUAAUUUUCCAUUGGAGACACCUAGUAAUUGCCUUUGCCUGUUCAUGGGUAAGUGAAUAUGACCUCCGUCUUGAACACUCCAUUGGCAUUAGUAGUACCCAUUUUGGGUGCAUUUUGAAGCACAUGAUGUUCUUUAUCCUACUUGCUGGGAUUCAAAUGUGGAAGAGCAGCCUUUAAUCUUACUUGAAGUAAACAAAACAGUGUCAUGAACAGUCCUACUACAGUACUGUGGAUACUUGAGAUGUGCCCUGAUAACAAGUCUUUUCAAAGCUGCCUUCAACCUAAGGUUAAGUAUUUGGUGAAUGAAUACAAUUAGUGAAUAUUCAGAUCUCAGCAACAUCAAUAAAUCUGUUUUGCAAGAACAGUUAUUUAUGUCCACAAUUUCAAAAUAAUUCUCAAAUACUAAUUUUACAUGUGUAACAAAUAAGUAAAAUUCAUUGGAAGUUUUUUUUUUUUUGCCAAAUAUUUCUGCUGGUGACAGACUGUUCACCAAACUCAUCCUCCAGGCAUACAGCUAGAUUUGUGUCCCAGCUUCCUUUGCAGUUCAGUUGCGCCAUCUUGGCUGAAUUCUGGUCAAAGCAUUGUGGGUAAAAGUGAUUUCCCAAUUAAGUCCAUGCCUUCUCCUUUUCCCCCUAUCCUCUACCCCACCGGCUGGAUGAAGAAGUCUGAGAUACAUAAGAGGAAGGAGUCCUAUUUUGAAAGAAGCCUAGAUUUCUGAACUCUGUGUACAUUUUUGGACUGUUUGUUAGUAAAAAAUAAAG